AGCUCUGAGAGGAAGAAUCCACUGUUUGCCACAAAAGAGACGAUCAUUACAUUAUCCCUUGUGGUAGCCGAAUGUAUUAUCAUAUGUAUUCUAGAGGGAAUGGUAGUCAGCUGGCAUCUCAAGAUGGUUUCCAAUUGUCAAAUGGAUAUGAACGGUCAAGGUGUCAGUGAAUCAGAUCUAAUCUAUCACAGUCUUUUUAUUAUCGGUCAGGCAUUCCAGGUUAUUCUAUGCAUAGACGCACUCUACCAAAAGAAUACAGCCCAGUUGAUAUCUCUCAUCUUGUUUGGACUAUUAGUUGUUGGUUAUGGUGGCAUUCAACUUCAGCAGCAUCUUAUUUUGGAGCAAAUUGGCUGUGGAUCAAGUGAAGCCUGGUCUCCAAUCGGUUCCGAAUGGGAAAAGUCUGAAAACGGGCAAGAGGCUGCUAUUGGAUAUUUUGAAAAGAAAAUGCGACCUAUAGAAUACAGCAUCAUUGGACUUAUUCCUGCCUUUUUCUUUGCCCUCGCCUUCUUUGCAUGGAAAAUCCGUAAGCAGUUUGCCUGGGACAACUAUCGCAAUUUUUCGGCUGAUAUGAGAGUGCGUAGCGCUUUGAUUACUACCAGCAUCCUUGUUACACUCUUGAAGCUCGAUUUCUAUUUUGUGUUUUCCUUUGGCGCUCAGCUUAUUCCCUCCCAGAAACUCCAGUAUGAAGAAACAAUCACAGAGACAAUCUUGGUGUUUGUGCUUGGUGCAGCCAUCCUUUGUCUUGCGCUAGUCGCCGUAUACCGGGAAAACAAGUACCUGAUGGGAGCGUUCUUGGUUUGCGGACUUCUUUCAGAGGUAUACUUUAUCUAUAGCUUGGUAAAGAUUGCCAAACCUCGUGGGGAUGGUAAUGAUCCGUAUCAGUUCACACGGCACUUCUUGGUGUUCACGACUACUAUUGCGGCAGUCCUCUGUUUAGUCACAAUAAGUGUGGCCGUCAAGUGUGCUAUGAACUGGCAUAAAGACAUCUUGAUUUUUGAUUCCCAAGAAAAAAAAUCUCGGAAGAAUGUUGAUGGAAACACGACACACGACUUGCCUAUCGAUCAAGGCUCUGAAGAAUUUGAACUCGACACAUCUUUCCAACCCCACUCCAAAAACGCAUUACUCAACAAUGAUAACAGACGGGUCUCAAAGACUGAUGUAUGGACAAUUGAGUGAAAAAAGGGGGACGUUAACAGACAUAAAAGCAUAAAACAUAUGGCCAUCAGAAGAUGUUGGCUUUACCAUUAUAUUAUUAUUUUAUUUUAUUUUAUUCUCUAUUUCAAUAUUUCCAUAUUUAUAUAUUUAUUUUAUUUUGGGUUUCUUGAGGAACCACUUAAUCUGUAAAGCUGCAUCACCUAUAUCUCUACUUUAUAAACCAACCCUUAUC